AUGGAGCCAGUCGUGUUUGACCAGUCGCCGCUCGCCGAGUACCUUCGUGACGAAGGCGAAGCCGAGCAGGCGGGAUGGGCGCACGACGAUCCAACCUAUGAUGUGUCGCCUCCCUCGAGCCCCGAAUUCGCGCCGACAGGUCGGCCGAUGAUCAGGUCUAGAUUCCGCAACAACCCCCUCCGAGUCGACAUACCCACGAAGGCGGCCUCCAACAAGUCGUACCGGCGAAGCUAUUCUACCGCGGUAGCGUCCAGGAUUGACCGAGCCGACAACUCCAAGUUCCUCGAGCAAUUUCGCUAUACUAUUAUCGCAUCCCAGCUGUUGAGUGGGCACUCCAUAUUAUCCCAGCACCAUGCAUCAUCCCGACCCGCCCAAGCUGCCAUUGACGGCAAUCCGGCCGACAAGCUGCUCGACUCGACCGGCGCCGCUGUCGUCGUCUUAGGGGCAUUGGCUCUGGCCGUCUCGAUCAACUGGCUUGCGGGAACAGGUUCAUUGAACAAGAGACGCGCCGUUGUUAUUUUGCUAGCAGUCGUGGUCGCUGCAGGGAUUGCCCAUGUGUUCAUGCGAAGGCAAUGGCUAAGGUACAGACGGCUGCAGGCCCUCUCAGAGGUCACUGCGUUUGUUUCAAACUCUCAGGAAUUCGACAGCGCGACUGGCGCAGCAAUUGCUCUGGUGCAGGAGGUGGAACUUGUUUCAAGAGGCUACCGUCUGAGUGCGCCUCUUCCGCCCAUCAGCCGUAUCGAGGAUCGCUCACAGACACGCAAGUGCGUGCGCCUGCGCAAGGCUCUCAGAGCCUGCUUUGCAGAUGUCAUUCCCGCAUACGAUCAAACCGUCUCGAUAGUGAAGGCAUUCUCGGAACAACUUGACCUGGAGAAAUACUACGAUAUCUACGAUAUCAGCGACUUCGACAUGUCUGAUGCCAAGCAGGGCUUCCAGGAGAAUGAGUUCGAGGACAACGAAUCGUUGCGAACGCUCAAGAUACUUGCCGCACGGUUCCACACCAUUCGCAAGAUGUUUUUAUGUGCGCUGCUAGCCCUGGAUGCAAGUGGUGACAGCAGCGACCUUUUGAAAUGGACAACAACGGUAGAGGCCGUUCGCACUUUAAACACGGCGACUCAAAAAGCGUUUGAGAGGUUGAAGAAACUCUUAAGCGACGAGGAGUCUUUCCCGCCGCCACCAACUCCGAAGAUGCCCCUGACGCCUGGUAGAGAGAGAUGGAGAUCGCAAUUGCGGAAACUCAACUCCUUAUCCAGCGGUAUCCGCGGCUUGCAAGCCAAGUUGACGUUGCUGAGAGAAGAGUCUGACCGAAGCCUUAACGAGUCCGACGAUAUAUCCGAACUUGGCUCGAGCCUGAUGUUGCAAUACGAAUCUAUCGGAGCAGACCUGAAAAUUCUGAUGCAAGCUUGGGAAGAAGGUAAAGCAGCGCUCGCCUUGGGUAUCGACCGGAACGAGAAAAGGCUGUCUUCCAUGAGCACACUGCUUUCCCCAACUAGUUCACUCAGCGGUCUCACUACAGUCGACGAGGGGGGAGCUGCCGAAGCACUCAAGGCGCUGAACGGAGAGUCCCCCUCCAGCUUCGAUUUCAGUAGCACAGGGGAACCCGACACAGAAGAGAUAUUCGAGGCUGUCGCUCAACCUAGGCCUCGCAGCCUAUUGACGAGAGACGAGCGCAUAAUCAAGAUGAGAGAAGAGCGGGAAAAGCGAGAAAUCGCCAAAGAAAAGGCCGACGCCAACAGAGGCAUGAUGAAGGAGCUCGAGAUGGUCAUCAACCUCCGACCCCGCCCGCGGACUGGGACGAAUCCGUCACGCAUCGUUUCGAUGUGA